AUGAGGCACAUCGUAGGACACAAGCAAGCAGAGAGGGUGGGACGAGAGAGGACAGGGCAGGGAGGAGGAGGAGAGAGGAGGAUUCCGACAGUGGGAGGAGGAGAGGGGGUGGCAGGAGGAGGAGAAGGCAUGGCGGGAGGAGGAGAAGGCAUGGUGGGAGGAGGAGAAGGCGUGGCGGGAGGAGGAGAAGGCAUGGUGGGAGGAGGAGAAGGCGUGGCGAGGGGAGGAGAGGGGGUGGCGGGAGGAGGAGAGGGGGUGGCGGGAGGAGGAAAAGGCAUGGCGGGAGGAGGAGAGGGGGUGGCAGGAGGAGGAGAAGGCAUGGUGGGAGGAGGAGAAGGCAUGGUGGGAGAAGGAGAAGGAAUGGCGAGGGGAGGAAAAGGCAUGGCGGGAGGAGGAGGGACAGGGUGGCGAGAGGCGGGGAGGCGAGAGGAGAAGGCGCGGGGAGGCGAGAGGAGCAGGCGCGGGGAGGCGAGAGGAGGCCGCGCGUGGAGGCGAGAGUCGAGCGCGCGGGGAGGCGUGAGGAGGCCGCGCGGGGAAAGCGAGAGGAGAGCGCGGGGAGAGGGGAAAGGAGAAUUCGAACCGGGAGGCGAUAGGAGCAGGAAUGGGUAA